AUGCUUGACUGCGGCGGGAGCCGGCCAAGCGACAAGGCACGCAUGGCUAAGCUGGUGGAUCAGGGGCUUUCGAAUCCGCCUGAAUGUCUGACCCAAUGCGCAAAGGCCGCCAUCACGAGGAUGUUGCCCAAAGGGUUGCCUUAUUGCGGCGACACAACAGUCGAUAUUUGUACCUUUCUGGAAUUCUUUGCCUCCCCGGAGGAUCUUUGGGCACUCUACUGGUGCGAUUCGACAUUCUGCGGGGUUGCUAACCGGCAGCCGAGGCAACUGGGUCAGGACCCCACCGUGAACAGAGUAAUCAACCAAUGUCAGAAUCUAGGUCGCCGUGGACUUGUAGACCCAGGUCCGCCCCCUGAGGGAUAUACAUGCUCCUUUUAUAUCGAUGAACCGUUUGAAAACGGUGGGCAUUGCGACGAUGCUAUCAUGACGGCGUUGGCAGAUCCGUUAUCAAACCAGACUCCUGUUCAGCCCACGGCCGUAAGUGAUCCCAUGGUAGCUCGCCUUUCUUCAUCCACGGCCGAGUCGACAUACAAUUUAGUACCAACGACACCAGUGCCAUCACCAUCACCAUCCAGCAAAAAUGUUUGGCUGCCGAUGGGUGUGCAGCCAUCACUGUCAUCGACUGUGACAAUCCCGGCUACAACGCCACCACCAACCUCCAGCCUCAAGCCUAACGCCACUUCGGACAGUAACCAAGGGGUUGGUGGCUCCCCAGCAGCGGCAGCACAAAAUGACCGAUUCGAAAAAGCCACCGCGGUCACCCCAGGCCAACUUUCAAUAGGCGGUGUGGCUGCCAUUGCAGUAUGUGUGCCCGUCACCUUGGUGAUACUGGGCUUCCUGGCGUGCUAUCUGUGGAGGAGAAAAAAGAGCAGAAAGACAGAUUCCUUCCAAGGCAGCCUGCUCCAGGCGCAUCUCCGGCAUAACGAGCACCACGCAGCACGGAGAACGUCGGCCGCGACAACCAAGUACCUCAUAUCAGAUGUCAACGGCAGCGGCAGUAGGGGUACCAGGGGAAGGUCCACCAGACCUCCGGCGGACAUUGUACCGCUGUCACCGCCUCCACGGCUGCGCGACCGCAAGUACCUGCAGUCCAUCUUCAAACGCGCCGAGUCGCCGCCGCUCACGCCUCUGGGCCCGGCGGAGGGCGACGACCUCAGCAGAACCCACACGCCGGCCUCGCGCAAGCAAGUGUUUUGGGAUGACGGUGGUGGCGUUCCUGGGAGUCCAUUCGUAUUUCCCACCUCGCCCAUUUGCUCGCCGACGACAGUGAACAAGUUGGAGCCGCGGAGGGAACACACGCCCAGUCUGCACCCCACGUCUCCGGUCAGCAAUCCAUUCGCCGACCACGAGCCGCAGCUGCCGCCUCGGGCAUUGGGAAAUGCCGAACACAGGCGGGCAAGUGGUGGCUCGGUCGGCUCCGGGGCCGCAUCGGCUAGAACGCAGGCGGCCUCGUCACUUCGCAAUGAGUAUGUUCCUUUGUCGGGAAUGGGUGGUACCAGACGUGCCAUGACCAUUGCACGGAUGCCGCAAGCCAACACUCCGCCACCCAGUCCUACGCGGCCGCCACGACCACAUGAAGAGAAGCUCGAGAUUCCAAACUUACUAGCCGGACCGUUGGCGGCUUCGCCACAGGUCGCAGACAGGGGGUUCAAACCGGUCUCGUACUACUCGACUGCCACAGAGCAAGACGCACUAGGAAUACGUGGGUAUGCAGCCAGCAGAUCAUCGGAGCGCAUCCCGACCCCUCUUCCUCGGUACCCUUCGGGGCCGGGCUACAGGUCAGCAGAUGUAAGCCCACUGAGCUCAAAGUCGGAUACGUUUCCAACGCGGCAUAGGGCGCCCUGCCAACCCAUGGGACUAGCCAAGGCGUCGGAGCAGCUUCGCGGUGAAGCCAGGGCGCUAUGGGAGCACACCGAGAGGUACGCGAGAGAGGCGCGAGAUGCGCCAAAGGUUGACGAGAGGACCAUCGCCGCGGAGGCAGCAGCUCUCCAGAGCAGUCGGCCUGUGUUUGACCUUUCAGAGCGUAACAGCUGGUCAAGUCUCAAUGAUUUAGACAGGAUGAAGUUUUGUGGUGAAGAGCCACGACUUGUUUUCGAGGGGAGGAAGGGAUAA